ACUCCAAAAAUAAAAAUUUCCUUUUUUAAAAGCUCUACCUUUUCACGCUCUUGCGCCGCAAGGAAAUUUUCUACAGAGAGUGGAGGGAAAUUUUUUUGAGUACAGAAAGAGAAAGAUGCAUGUAGGAAAACAAAGCAUAAGCCCAAAGCCAGGUACCACCAAAAAUCUACUUACUUUAGUCCCCAUGGACAGCUCAGAAGGAGAAGCCUCAAAGAUAACUGACUCUGAGAUAGAUGAGUAUGAGGAUAAAUCAUACAAACAUAUUAAGAUGGGUGAACUUAAAGUAGAAGCCUUAGAAAACUCUUACAAGUGCCCUUUCUGUGCGGCUAAAAAGAAACAGGACUACCGUUACAAGGACUUGUUGCAACAUGCAAAUGGAAUUGGUAUAUCAUCUAAGCGUGGAGCAAAAGUGAAGGCCAGACACAGGGCUUUGGCAAAUUUUCUGAAGAAUGAGGUUGCUGAACCAAACCCAUCAUUGCAGUUGACAGUCAUAACUCCGGAGUCAUCUAAGCUGAAGGAGGGAGAUGUUUUUGUGUUUCCUUGGAUGGGUGUCCUUGUCAAUGUUCCAACUGAGUGGAGAAAUGGAAGACAUGUUGGUGAAAGUGGGACAAAGCUGAAAGAGCAGCUGUCUAGAUUCAAUCCCUUAAAAGUCAUUCCUAUAUGGAACUACAGAGGCCACACUGGUAACGCAAUUGUUGAUUUCAAGAAGGACUGGACUGGAUUUAAAGAUGCAAUGGCAUUUGAAACUCACUUUGAAGCCAAGCACUUGGGUAAAAAUGAUUGGCAUGAGAAGAAGCAGCAUUCGUCGGAGAUAUAUGGAUGGGUUGCAAGAGCUGAUGAUUACAAUUCCGGGGGUCCUGUUGGGGAGUACUUGCAUAAAAAUGCAGAUUUGAAAACUAUUACUGAUCUUACAACUGAAGAGUCUCGCAAAACGGAUAAACUUGUAGCAAAUCUGGCAAAUGAGAUUGAAGCAAAAAAUAAACAUUUACAAGAAUUGGAAUGCAUGUAUAAUCAAACUAAUCUGUCCCUUGAUAAGGCGAUGGAAGAGAAGGAGGCAUUACUUCAAGCUUAUAAUAUUGAAAUACAGAAGAUGCAGUGCCUAGCUCGGGAUCACUCUCGCAGGAUUUUUGAGGAGAAUGAACGUUUACGUGCUCAGUUGGAUUCCAAAAGAAUGGAACUUGAUUUAAGAUGUAAACAAUUGGACAAUCUGGUCGCACAGAGUGACAAAGAGAAGUGCAAAUUGGCUGUUGAGAAACAGAAGAAUGCUUUGAGGAAUAGCUCUCUUGAAAUGGCAUCCCUGGAGCAGAAAAAAGCUGAUGAAAAUGUCCUGAAGCUUUUUGAAGUACAGAAGAGAGAAAAAGAGGCUGCGCUCAACAAAAUAUUGUACCUAGAGAAGCAAUUGGAUGCAAAACAAAAGUUGGAACUGGAGAUACAACAGUUGAGAGGAAAGUUAAAUGUGAUGAAGCAUAUGGGUGGGGAGAAUGAUUCCAGCGAGAAGGAAAAAAUGGAAGAAAUGAGUGGAGAACUACAAGAGAAAAUUGAAGAAAUGGAGGGUCUGGAAGCUCUUAAUCAAACUCUUGUUGUCAAAGAGCGAAUGAGCAAUGAUGAGCUUCAAGAUGCUCGUAAAGAACUCAUGACAGGUUUGCUGGACAUGCUGAGCAGUCCUAAUUUGAUCGGGAUAAAGAGGAUGGGUGAACUUGAUCCGAAAGCUUUUGAAAUUGCAUGUAGACGAAACUUUGCAAAGGCUGAUGCAGAUAUGAAAGCUGCAGAGUUUUGUUCAGAGUGGCAAGAGUAUUUGAAGAAUCCAGAUUGGCAUCCAUUUAAAGUAAUUGUUGACGGUGACAAGACUCAGGAAGUAUUGCGAGAAGAUGAUGAAAAGCUGGUUUCUUUGAGAAAAGAGCUGGGUGAGGAGGUCUACAAUGCAGUAACAACUGCCUUGAUAGAGAUCAAUGCUUACAACCCCAGUGGCAGAUACGUUAUUCCAGAGCUCUGGAACUAUAAAGAAGGAAGAAAAGCAACGUUGAAAGAAGUCAUUCAAUAUAUACUGAAGCAACUGAAAGCAUCGAAAAGGAAACGAACUUGACUGUUGAACUGGCUGAUCCAGAUGUGCACAUAUUAUCGUCUUCUAUGAAGGUAAGUGGAUGGCUAAGUAGCCAUCUCGUCUGCCCUGAGAAAGGCAAUCCUUAAAGUACACUUGCUCUUUUAUCAAAGUAUAUAUAAAGUUUAGGAUGAUGUAAAAAGGUAGUAAAUAACUCCAAACGCUAAGGAACUUUACAUUUUGACUCCUUCCAGUUGAUCUAAUGAAUUCUAAUGUGGUUUCUUGACA